UCACCAAAGCGGCCACUGCUUAUCAGACCACUGCUAGAUGAAUAAUGCAACGUGCUCUUAUCAUAUUCCGGUGAUUAUCAUUUCCGCGGUGGAAUCUCCAGUUUUUUGAAAUCAUUCGAGAUGCCGAAAUUCCUCAGUGUUGGAAAUAAAUUCACAUAAUCACUUUCUGAGUGAAAAAAAAAUUGAAAUCUUGGACAGGACAUCGUUGGCUAGUUGAAGUAUCGAUAUGCUCAAGUCUUGCAAAAAUUAAUGAGCGAUAAAGUGGCUGCAAUGUUAUUUUUUUUCUGUGGAACUCAAAUCUGUUGUUUGUGAGGAGGUGAUGUAAAGCGUUGAAAUUAGUGCCGCGAUAAUUCCUGAUAAUGCGGGUAACGUGACAGUUUGAUGGACAAAUAGACGUGAAGGCUUAUUUUUUUUGAGGAAUUGGAAUACUUCUGACCUUGUGGGGUAUUGCUUUUUGUUGGACUUGCGUUGUUAUCCCGUUCUUCAUGAUUACAACCACGGCAGGAGGUGUGUGACAGCCAAAAAAUCAUUAUAAAUAUCACAACACCUGAUAAUUCUGUUAUAAUGACAAAUUUGAGCAAGAGCAUCACUCGUGUAGCAGUAUGUGGCUCUGAUAGAUCUGAAAAAUCGUGACACAGGGUGAAAGACAGGUCUGACAUGUCAAAGGUCGUAACCAAUGAUUCAGGAUGUUCCAUUAAGUGGAAUGAGGAUAGCUCAAAUUCUAAAGCAUCAUCAUUCAGACAACUCAUUCAUGCUGCUGCCAUUUAUCUAGCUGUUGUUGGUGCAUUGUGGUGUGUUCCCGCUUGUUUUUAUAAUCGGAUAUCUGAAACGGGUCAAUCCGUUGUCCUUACCCUCGUAGACACAGCCUCAGCCGAGCUCCACAGCUUGGCAGAGCCUCACUUGUCCUCCGAGACUCCAUCAAGAACGUCAUCCAAAAAUUUAACAGUCGCGUCAAGAUCUAUAGACUCUGAAACCCCGAUAACACUCUCAUCGCCAGGAGUUGCACGUCCCCCCUCAGUAUCAGCGCUUAUCGCUGAUGAAGGUCUCAAUGGAACAGACCAGAAGGACCAAUCACCUAAUGAAACAGACCAAGUCCUGGUUGUCCGAGCAGAUCAACGACUGGAAGGUGUCACUCCACAUCCUGGAGACGCUUCACUCGAGCAUGAAGUCCCAAAAGAUCCUGAGGAUUCACCUGAGGAGGUCAUUCCGACCUCUGGUGAGCUCGAGGAAGGAAAACUCAUCUCUGGAAGCCUCGAGGAGACAGCCCCGAUCAUUCUGGAUGGUAUCGUAGGUUCAGGGGCAUCCGAGCCCCACGAGGACAUUCCCUCCUUCAGCGAGUGGACUCAGAAGCGACUGGAAGAGGCCGAGAAGAAGAAAACCCAUCCAAAUGCUUCUAUACAGAAUCCCGGUAAUCCGGGCCGUGGAAUCGGCAACAUGAAGGUAAGAUCAAAGAAUUACGCAUCACCUGACUGCGGUGCUAAAAUUGUUGCUGUUAAUCCGGAAGCGAGAAGUGCAAGGAGUAUUCUGGUAUCGACGAGGGAUGAGUACAUGCUCAAUACUUGUACAUCGAGAGUUUGGUUUGUCGUGGAAUUGUGCGAGGCUAUUCAAGCUAAGAAAAUUGAACUCGCCAACUUUGAACUAUUCAGUUCGUCCCCAAAAGACUUGUCGGUUUACGUUAGUGAUAGAUUUCCAACAAGGGAAUGGAGCCCUGUCGGCCAAUUUACAGCUAAAGACGAGAGAGAUAUUCAAUCUUUUGCUCUUCAUCCCCACCUUUUUGGAAAAUUCAUCAAGAUCGAGUUGCACUCGCACUACGGUAGCGAGCAUUUUUGUCCGAUAUCUUUGUUUCGAGCUUAUGGUACUAGUGAGUUUGAGGUAUUAGAGACAGAGACGGAUAUUCAAGAGACUUCUCAUAAUGAGGACGAGGACGAUGAUGAAGAAGUGGCUGAUAAUGACGGGAGUGAUUCAUCGAGGAAUCUCUUCGGGAGUGCCACUGAUGUGGUUAUUAGAAUCGUUAAAAAGGCGGCGGAAGUUCUGGUGAAAACGGGCGAUCCUGCCAAGAGCAACAUAUCUGAUCAAGAGAUCAUUGGUCAAAAUAUGACAGCCUUCGUGAACUGCAUGACACCGAGGUACACUAUCCUCUGUAAUAAUUGCACUGAGGACAAAUUGGCUAGAGUGUAUCAGUUGCUGAGCUGUCGAAUACAUCAUUUGGACUCGAUCUUGAAGAUUCCGUUUGUCAUCCAAACGCUGCACAAUGAACUCUGCACUUCUGUUGGUGUAGACGUCACAGAAGGAUCGAAGAAGAAGAUAGAUCGUAGAAUAUCUUCGACGAGGGUUCAGGGCUCGGUUUUCGUUUCGGUGUUCUCUCCGGAAUAUAUUAUAGCUCUUUGCAACGUUUUGGCGAUUGAAAACAGAAAAUCGUUGGCGAUCCCUUUCGAAGACUCUGGAACCACGAAUGCAACGGAAAACGACACGGAGUCGCAGAAGACCUUGAAAGAUAAUACCCUACCUCAGAUAAUACCCACCUGUCUGCAGGAUUCGGAAGGCAUCAACUGCCGGUCAACAGCAGCGGUAACCAAACGGAAAUUGGACUCGGUUGUUUUGGAUGAGGUGAAUGCUGACCUGAAGCUCGCAAUUGAAAUUGCAGCAACAUCCGAGACGUUGGCCUCUCAAAUAAAGCCGACGAAGACACUUGGUAAAGAGGAGAUGAAGCGUGAGUCUUCCGUGCCGAUUCUCGAACCAAGCAAGGACACAACUGAAGAGACAAUGCAAGCAGAAGUUGUGACGACGCCAUCGCCGUUGAUAAACUCGGCGACGUCGUCGUUAAAGAUUCUGGAGGAACCACCGAUUAUCACACCCCUAGAUGGUACGACGCAGACGUAUCUGCAGACGAGUUCCAGUCAGGAAAGCAUGCCAGCUGAGACUCAGAAGAGUGACGAGUCCUCGGAGUCGAUGCAAGUUAAGAUGGAAGAGAGAGAUGAGAAGGCUAGGGAGGAGGAGCUGAAGCUAUCACCACAGGAUCAACUGAGUCUUGAUACUUUUCUUUCGGAUUUGAAGGACCUGGACAGCGAUUCAUCGGGUUCUGCCAGCAAUUCAGCUACUGUCACAUAUCCAACUGCCAGCUCAACUCCGCAGCAGAAGGAAUCGGUGUUUUUGAGACUGUCGAAUCGGAUAAAGGCCUUGGAGAGGAACAUGUCGCUCAGUGGUCAGUACCUGGAGGAGUUGAGUCGAAGGUACAAGAAGCAGGUGGAGGAGAUGCAGAGGUCUUUGGAGCGAGCUACUGCGGCGAUGGGUGAAGAGUUCAGAAAGGGAGAGGAGAGAGAGAUGAAGAGGUUGGAGGAGAUAACAGCUCUGAAGGAGGAGGUCAGUAAUCUCUCGGAAUCACUGGAGAUGCUGCUGUACGAUCACAACAGCUGGCGGAGCAAGCUGUCAACGUUUGGACAACACAUUAUCUUCAUAUUUGUGGAACUCGUUGUUCUUGUUAUUAUCAUCUCAUACUGUAGGCGGUCAAACGAUCUUGAAGACGAGUUGCCGAAGGUGGAGGGCAAGGAAGUGACGAGGAGAAAAUCUGCAGAGUCCAUGAGCCCGAAGACUAGGAGUCGUAGACCCAGUGAAAUCACUUCGAAGAUCACGGGAAGUUACAGAGAUCUGAUGAUCGACGAUAGGGAGGGCUCCAGGAAGGAGACCAAGAGGAAGAGGAAGCGGGACUCACUCGCCAGAUUGACGAUGAAUUUUGAAUCGAGGGAUACGAAGAUACCGCUCGGGAGAUCAUCUUCGAUUAAUUGUGGCAGUUGUAGGAAUUCUGAUUUGAGGGAGGGAUUGAAGAGACCGGAUUCAGCUCCAGAGUCAUACGGACGGAAUCAGGAUGGAGGGAGGGAUGAUGAUGAGGGGAGGAUCAAUGGUGUACAACAGGUCGUUGACGACUACAUGGAGAACUUCGUCGAGAGGUUGUCCUGUGAGACGAAGGACUGCGGGGAUAAGGUCAAUUCUUCCGGUGGCAUUAGUAUCUUGAAGAAUCGACUGCACUCACCGUCUUUCAUCAAGACAGCCCUCAAAUCUAGGAGUCUGAGAGAUAAGCAGAAUAAUGAAACCAAAUCGGCACUAUUGAGAUCUGAUAAUUGGGAGUGGUAUUCUAGGAACUCCGGGAGCUCGAGGUCGGAUCAGGAUAGUCCUCUUGGUAUGCAUUAUGUUGAUGUAUUGAGGAGCCGAAAUGGCAGCUCUACCAAUGGCCAUGGGGUCAGUGACGACUCGGGGAGUGGCAGCAACACUCCGACUCCAGGGAAGAAGAAGAAGGAGGGAGGAUUCAGGAAAAUUGUCAAAAAGUUUUUCUGAUUUUUGUAAAUUAUAUUGGGGGAUAAUCUCAGAGGUUUUAUACUUUUGCGAGGAAUUGCUCUUUUUUUUUUUCCUUUUUUUUGGACGUUUUGCUUUUCAAGGGGCGGUCAAUUUUUUUUUAGGGUAGAUAGGAAUCAAUUUUUCCACCGUUGAAGGAACGUCGGUUUAACCAAAGAAAAUCGGGAGUUGGGGAAUUGAUAGUGAAAAAUUUGGAUUGACCAAUGCGGUUUUUUGCAGGGCUGGGGAAAUUAUUUUUCAUUCUUUGAGAAUCGAGGGGAAAUGAUAUUUGGAGUAGGUGUUUUAAGGUGAUUAAAUAGUCUGUAUUUAAACGUAAUUUUUUCUAAAAAAAUUAGACGAAAAAUCAUUUCCCAAUGGUCUUCCCAGCACAGUAACGCACAAAAUACCGAUCAUGCUUUUAAAAAUUAUGUCACUCAUCGCCCCCCAGUCGUUGUAAACCCAUUAGUAAAAAAAUAAAAUUACGUAACCGUAAAUUGAAGGUGAAUCAGAAAACGACAGAUAUCAGGACUCAACGAUGCGUCCUAAAUACUUAUGUGCAUUUAUUGAAUAUUCAUUGUAUCAAAUGAAUUUUUAAUGUUAAAUCCGAUGUACGAGGUACAUCGGACUCCAUCAAUGACGAAUUGAAAGUCAAAAACUUUUAUUCGAUCUAGAGAAACAACUGUUCUUUAGAUUUUUUAGAUCACUGAUAAAUUAUUCGCAGACGGUCUUAAUUGCCAUAGAGAUCGCUUUAACGACAAAAUUUAAGAGAUAUGUCAUGUAUCCUAGUCGAUAUUUAAUAGGUCAUAUCGUGAGACGUAUGAUUUAUAAGCCCCCCCCCACCGAGUUUGUCAAUUGAUUUUUGU